GAGGGUGGGGGAAAGAGAAAGAAAAUGGGGACCUACAGUGGUGAUGCUUACCAUAGGGAUUAGGGAGAAAGGGUUACAAAGUUUUCCUUUUUCAGGACCAAGUCUACUCCCCGUUCUCUGUUACAGAGGAAGAAGUCAAGAAACAGACCAAACCAUUAAGAAGAAGAAGUGCUAAGGCUUCUGAGACUUCUACAGAUAAGAGCAUAAACCAUAGCAUUCAAGAAGAGAGGAAAACAGAGAGAGAAAGAGAGAGAGAGAUGUCCUCCACGUCUCAAGCUAUGCUUAACCAGGGCUUGUUUGAUGAUCAAGAGAUGUCAUCCCAGAUGGGUUUCUACACAUCUCCUCCCAACUGGAGUUUUACUUCAUUGGGAUGUCACCAGUCUUUAAGACUCAGCAGUAGCAACCCUUCUUCAACGGGACCCGAUAUCACUUGUAAUCUCUCUGAAAACCUAUCUUCCAUGGCUCCAAAGCACCGAGAUAUUACUUCUCUUCUGGGUGAAUUCGAAGCUCCUUCAGUGCAAAGAUCGACAACUAAUCUGCGGCCAUGGGGAGAAGUGAAUCAAUACAUGAGCGGUAAGAGAAACUUGGAAGAUGAUCACUUGACAGUUUCUGGGAUGAAGAUGAAGAAGGUGAAGGCAAGAAGGAAGAUGAGAGAACCCAGGUUUUGCUUCAAGACCCUAAGCGACGUGGAUGUGCUUGAUGAUGGUUACAAAUGGAGGAAGUACGGCCAGAAAGUGGUGAAGAACACACUUCAUCCAAGGAGUUACUACCGCUGUACCCAAGACAAUUGUCGUGUCAAGAAACGAGUUGAGCGAUUCGCCGAGGACCCACGGAUGGUGAUCACGACAUAUGAAGGGAGACAUAUCCAUUCUCCCUCACAUGAUAUGGAUGACACAGAGGCUUCAUCUCACAUCAAUAAUUUCUUCUGGUAGUGAUAGUAGUACUGCUUAUAGUUUUCACUUGAAAAGCCAUUAUCAAGGCUUAUGUACUAGUGUUCUCUCUUCUGUAAAACCCUAAAAAAGAAAUUAGAAAUGUUCCACUCCUGUGGCCAUUUUCUAGAUUUGAUAAUAAACAUGUGGGGGUGGCAAAUGCCUUUGUUAUAUAUUCUGCCUCCUUUACUGGUGGCUGUUAAUUAAUAAGAGGGGUCGAUCAUCACUUUCCUUGCA